AUGGCUACGGUACCUUCAGUGGCGUCGAAGGAUAUCAACUCUAACCAGAAGGAUAUACCAUGGCUACGGUGCCUUCAGUUGUACAAACCUACUGAAUCUUCAGCAGUCAUUCUUUCCGCAAUAUCUAAAGCUACGUCGGAAUCGAAGUCGCCGCAUACAACUUCGGAGGAUGCACAACUAUCAUCAUCCGUCUCUAAUAAUGAUCGUCGCAAAGGUGGUGAUGUAAUCACAUCACAUCCAGACGAUGAAAGACAAGAAGCAGUCGUUCCGAAGCCUCUACCUAAAGGUUACGCUAUGGCACCGGUGACGUCGGCGGCACCAAAAGACAUCAGCUCAAAAAUCGACCCAGCCAACGUCAUACUCGAUGAUGGUGGAAGGGUGACCAGGUCUCGUUGA